AUGGAAAACGACCGCGAGCAGCUGGCCAUGAAAGAAGCCCGGAGAAGGGAACGAACUUCAGGUCAUGGUCUAAAUGACAUUGAAGCCUUGGAAAACCCGGACUCGGACCUGGGGCUGUGCGGCUGGGUGCUGGUGGCCUUCUCCAUGCUGCUCAUGCUGGUCACUCUGCCCAUCUCCAUCUGGAUGUGCAUCAAGAUAGUGAAGGAGUACGAGCGAGCCAUCAUCUUUCGCCUGGGACGCAUCCUGAGGGGCGGGGCCAAGGGACCAGGCCUGUUCUUCAUCCUGCCCUGCACCGACAGCUUCAUCAACGUGGACAUGCGCACCAUCACCUUCGACAUCCCUCCUCAAGAGGUUCUGACCAAAGACUCAGUGACGGUGAGCGUGGAUGGCGUGGUGUACUACCGUGUGCAGAACGCCACUCUGGCCGUCGCCAACAUCACGAACGCUGACGCCGCCACUCGUCUGCUCGCUCAGACCACGCUGAGGAACGUCCUGGGCACCAAGAACCUGGCAGAGAUCCUUUCAGACCGUGAGGAGAUCGCACACAGCAUGCAGUCGACCCUGGACGACGCCACAGACGACUGGGGCAUAAAGGUGGAGCGAGUGGAGAUCAAAGACGUGAAGCUGCCCCUCCAGCUGCAGAGAGCCAUGGCCGCUGAGGCCGAGGCCACCAGAGAGGCCCGCGCCAAGGUGAUCGCGGCAGAGGGGGAGAUGAAUGCGUCCCGCGCCCUGAAGGAGGCGUCGCUGGUCAUCGCCGAGUCUCCGUCUGCGCUUCAGCUGCGGUACCUGCAGACCCUCAACACCAUCGCAGCCGAGAAGAACUCCACCAUCAUCUUCCCCCUGCCCAUCGAGAUGAUGCAGGCCUUUAUGAAGUAA